CCUACGGUUUGCCUGACCUUGAAAAACGCCAAAAUCAGCUGCGCGGGCGUCAUAGCUACUGUGAUUCCGGGUUGUCCCCCGUGUUCCCUGAUGGAAAGUAAUUAUGAGGUGACUGUUCUUGGUGCCGCCAAUGAGUUAAUGGUUAAAUUCUUUGGUCCUGCUGAGACACCUUAUGAGGGUGGAAUCUGGAAAGUUCGCGUCGAUCUUCCCGAGAGAUACCCUUUCAAGUCCCCCUCCAUUGCUCUGUUUACUAAUUUUCUUAGUUCCGGAACGGUUUGCUUGGAUGUGAUCAACCAGCAAUGGUCCGCCCUUUAUGAUCUUACCAAUAUCUUCGAGUCUUUCCUACCUCAGCUACUCGCCUAUCCGAAUCCAACUGACCCCCUCAACAGUGACGCAGCCUCCUUAUUCAUGUUCAAGCCAUCUGAAUACGUCAUGAAAGUAAAAGAAUACGUACAGCGUUUCGCCACUGAGGAAGUUCUCAAAGCUGAAGAGAACGGAGGAGCCGAGCACAACUCCUCAGAAGAGGAAAGUUCUAUGUCCGAUUAUUCAGACGACGAGACCAAGGAUAUGGAACUUUGACAGUACUUGAUACUGAUAACAAAUAUCAGGUACAGUAUUGUCGGACAGUUACCAUUUUGCUUUCAACACCCCUCCCGCCAUUCAUUCUUGAAAAUUUUCUCUCCUGAACUACUGUCGAUUCACCACGUUCCAUUCACCCUCCACUCCAACGCCUCCCCCCUCCCGUUUAAUUAAGAUGACUAUUAGAGAGAUACUGCUCCGUGUUAACCGCCGGCGCUUGUCGACCUCUCGGCCAUGUUGUACACAUUUAUUCCAAUUUCCUACUUUAUCAGAUCGAAGCGGAACAUUUAGUACCAAGUGUCUUCUCUUCUAAUUCACACUAAUCAAUUCUCACAGAAGGACCUUUGUUGCAGGAAAUAGUUCAUCCGUUGUUGGUGACAGACAAUCAAGUAAGCGUGUGGUCAUGUUCCCGGAUCGCCACCGACCAGCCGCCCAUCCCCUCAUUCUUCUGCUCUUUGCUUGUUAUGGUUUUAUCUCCUCCUAGUAACCCUCCUCUCUCUCUUUCCUGCGGGCCACGUUUAUGCUACUGCUACUUUUUGUCUUUCAGUACUUAUCAUCGUUUCUGAGCGAGGUUGACUUUCUUGUCCAAAGCUACCAUCGUUUUACUUAGUUUCUUAUGAUCCACUCAUCUUUUGCUAUGCCGUCGGAUGGUCUGAUCACUACCCAUCCUCAGCAGACGUGACCGAACAGAGUUCGUUCGGUUUUAUACUCUGGAUUACCGAUGUCAUCUGUAAGCUGCUGUCAAAAACAUACGCGGACUUUUUUGUGCUGAUGCAUGUAUAGUUUUGUUUAAGCCCGAUUUCAAAGGCCAGUGUUGACUGGUCAACGUGCAACACCACAUCGCACUCAUCUACAGAUGACCUUGACGAGGAAUCACAUCAAUCGAAUGGUUGACGUUGAUUGUGCUUACCAUCUCCAGAUAUUGCUGUACGUCAUCAUGAACGAGCAGUCGACCUUGUGAUCUUUCCAUGUCUUACAGGGACUCUUUCACUCAUCUGUUCUUGUGUAUGCGGAAACCGUCAGUGAUUCAGUACACCUAAAUUACCAACAACACGGGAGGCGGCGGGCGCUUUGAUUUACCGUGUGUGAUUAAACAUUCUGUUUGAAGUUGAGUGGACCUGUGAUUCACAGGUGAUUCUUGUUUUUGUUUUGAUUAUCUGUCGUCUGACACAACAUCUCACGCCAUCAGUUCUCAUAAUAUCUGCAGUUUAUUGUCACCAGUUUGAUCGAUUCCUGGUUGUGUAACUUCUGUGGUCACUAACUUGUCCGAUUAUGGGACAUUCUCAGCUCCAGUACACUCCAUCUGUAUUUCUUUCUGUAUUCGCCUAGUUAUUCGAACAGUGAUCCUCUAUCUUUUCUCGCUCCGGUUUGUUUGCCGGGAGUUGUAUUUAACCUGGCUAAAUAAUAUGCCUUGUACAGAUGCCACAUGACUAUGUUGGUCAUUGCCAAAUCCCUACUCUGCUUGCCAUGUCGCUGCUUGUUUCUGUAGCUCUGUCGCCUUAGUUUCACCGUCUCCACGCACUCUCCCCCCUAUAUAUACCCACCAUUGCGACAUAAAACUGCCGCCCAUAUUUUUGCAGUUCUGGUUUUCGCAGGUGUAGCUGGGUCAUUGUUCAGACCACUUUCUGUUUCGACCUUUAUGCUGUAGCUAAACUGCCCUCAUGACUCGCGAUCCUCACUUAGCACCUUUU